AAAAAAUUUCAUUAUUACAAUUUUAUGUUUUGUAUUGGUGCAUCAAUACCUCUUAUUCAUGAAUGCAUGUUAUAUGAAUAAGAAACAGCUUCAAUUUCUAUAUCAUUUCAGUCAGUUCUGACCACGAUGAGGAUACCAGAUAGGAUGGUUUUUAUUUAUGUUAUAUCAUUCUAUUACAGCUUCUUGUUUUGCUCAGCUUCUGACGCCAUAACGAUUGACAAGCCCCUAAGUGAUGGUGAGCUUCUUGUUUCUAAAGAAAGCAAGUUUGCUCUUGGGUUCUUCACUCCUGGCAUAUCUAGCUCUCGUUAUGUUGGAAUCUGGUACCAUAACUUGCCAAAGCAAACUGUUGUUUGGGUUGCAAACAGAGAUGUUCCAAUCAACGACACUUCCGGAAUUCUCUCUCUCAGCCCAAAUGGAAAUCUCGUCCUCCAUCACAACUCAACCAAAAGCAUGCCCAUUUGGUCCACGAAUGUUUCUUUCACUGUUCCAAAUACAACAGUCAUGGCUCAACUCUCUGAUACAGGUAACCUUGUUCUGAUUCAAAGUGAUUCCAAAGUUGUGUUGUGGCAAAGCUUUGAUCAUCCCACUGACACUUUUCUUCCGUAUGCCAAAGUGGGUUUCAACAAGAGAACUGGUCAGAACUUGGUGUUCCACUCAUGGAAGGCCGAUGACGAUCCUGCAACAGGAAGGUACUCAAUUAGAUUUAAUACUUCAGGGAAAGCUCAGUUGUUUCUAUACAAAGAAAACGAUCCGUUGUGGCGAAUAGGAUCCUUCAAUGGUGAAACAUUUGUUGGAUUGACGGCAAUGAAACCGGAAAUGUCGUAUAUUUUCAACAUCUCUGUCAUGGACAAUGAUAAUGAGUUUGAAAUCACAUAUAACGCCUUGGUCAACACUUCCAUCUUCAAGAUCGUAGUUGUUCCAUCAGGAUACUUGCAAACACAUCAAUGGGAUUACGAAACAAAAGAGUGGAAGCGAUACGGGUCAUAUCCAGCAGUGAACUGUGAAAACUACGGAAUUUGUGGACCUAACAGCAACUGUGAUUCUUACGACUAUGCGUAUUACAAGUGUUCAUGCUUGCCUGGAUUUGAACCCAGAAAUCCAACCGAUUGGUAUAAGAAGAACAAUAAAUCAGAAGGUUGUGUGCGGAAAAAAGGACCACCCUUGUGUCGGAACGGAGAAGGCUUCGUUAAAGUAGAAAGUGUGAAGAUUCCAGAUACUUCCAUAGCGAAUGUUAAGAAGGGUUUGAGCAUGGAGGAAUGUGAACGAGAGUGCCUGAGAAAUUGUUCCUGUAAUGCCUAUGCUGCUGCAGAUGUUAGAAAUAAAGGAAGUGGGUGCUUGACAUGGCAUCACGAGACUUUGAUGGACACAAUGAUGCUCCCUCAAGAAGGCCAUGAUUUAUAUGUUCGCGUUGAUGCUGUUGAACUAGCAAAUUAUAACAGGAAAUCUAAAGGACCACCUGCUGAGUCUGCAGUGGUUGGAAUUAUAAUAGCUGUUGCUGUUCUGAUUGUUCUUCUGAUUGCCUUAUGCGCGUAUUGCUUUUGGAUUUGGAUGAGAAAAAGAAGAGAGAAAUUGGCUGAGAGACAAUUAAACUUACAAUCUAUAACAGAAGAAGAGCAUGGUGAAAGUGUAGCCCAAUCAAGCUUACCAUUUUUCAACAUUAAAACCAUAAUGGCUGCUACAAACAGUUUUUCAAGUGAGAAUGCGCUAGGGCAUGGUGGAUUUGGCUCUGUCUACAAGGGCUCAUUAGAAAAUGGACGAGAGAUUGCAGUGAAAAGAUUGUCUAAAGGAUCAAGACAAGGGACCCAAGAAUUCUUGAAUGAAAUUAAACUAAUUGCUAAGUUGCAGCACAGGAAUCUUGUAAAGUUGCUUGGAUAUUGCAUUCAUAAAGAAGAAAGGAUGUUGAUUUAUGAAUACCUUCCCAACAGGCUGGACUUCUAUCUUUUUGAUAAGAGAUCAUCUUUAGAAUGGGAUAAGCGUGUUCAAAUUAUUUUUGGAAUUGCUCGAGGUCUUCUUUAUCUUCAUCAGGAUUCAAGGUUGAAAAUAAUCCACAGAGACCUUAAAGCAAGCAAUGUUCUUUUAGAUACUACAAUGAACCCCAAAAUUUCAGAUUUUGGUUUGGCUAGAAUAUUCAAAGAGGACCAAGUUCAAGCACAAGCAAGUAGAAUUGUUGGGACAUAUGGUUAUAUGGCUCCAGAAUAUGCAAUGGAAGGACAAUAUUCAAUAAAGUCAGAUGUCUUCAGUUUUGGUAUUCUAUUAUUAGAGAUAAUUAGUGGGAGGAGAAACACAGAUCGUGAAAAGGAAGGAUCACCCUUGAAUUUGAUUGGACGAGUAUGGGACCUGUGGAUAGAGGGAAAGGCUUUGGAAAUAGUGGAUUCAACACUUGGAGAAUCAUAUCCUGUUGAUAUUGUCCAAAGAUAUAUCAAAAUAGGGCUCUUGUGUGUGCAGGAAAGUGUCAUCAAUAGGCCAUCCAUGUCAGAAGUUAUUUUCAUGCUUGGUAAUGAAGUAAGCCUUCCCUCACCUCAAAAGCCUGCAUUCCUAUUAAAUUCCAGUAGUUUGUAUUCGGAGACUACUUCAACGUCUAGAGAAGCUUCAAUAAACGUCGUUAGUCAUUCUGCUAUUAGCGCUCGAUAAACAUAAAUUGGACAUGGAUACUUUGAAGUGAAUUCAAGUGAGUGUCCAUUUAUCAUUUUUCAUUUA